AAUUUCCUUCUUCCUCCAGACAGCAUCCUCUUCCUCCGGGAGUACGUGAUCGUGUCUGACAUAGGGAGGACCUGGGAAUAUGCUCAAGCGCACUGCAACCAGAUGUACGACGGCUUGGCCUCCAUAUCUGGACCAGAGGACAUGAAGGAGAUCAGCAGCAGCCUUCCUCUAACAACCCGGGUCUGGAUCGGUCUGUAUGACGCCUUGGAUAGCUGGAAGUGGUCGGAUCCACGGACCGGCGGGAACCUGGGCGAUUAUCGGCCUUGGCAGACAGGUCUGCCAGACAAUGUGGGAGGAGUGGAGUGCUGCGGCGCCAUCUCUAAAGAUGGCUAUUGGAGAGAUUACACGUGCACUGGACUGCUGCUGCCCUUCCUCUGCUUUAAUGCGCAGCAGGACGGGUACGUGCUAGAGCUCCAGCCGAGAUCGUGGUUGGACGCCCAGAGCUUCUGCAGGCUGCACCACGCCGACUUGGCAACCGUGACAAGCCUGACACAAGGAGAUGAGGCGAAGGCCCUACUGCAGGGUGCCAGUGUGGAGCAGGCCUGGUUCGGCCUGCACCGGGACUCUUGGGUGUGGACAGACGGCAGCGACAUGUCCUACACCUCGUGGUUGGCCGGACAGCCCAACAACGCCGGAGGAUCACAGAGCUGCGUUUACAUGGAAGCAGAGAAGUGGAACGACUUUCCCUGUAGCUACCAGUACUACGUCCUCUGCCAAAAGCUGCUCCCGAAACGGAAGAAGUUUGUCCUAAAACUGCAUAUCAGCUCUGACGUCAACCUUCCUGCGGUGAGAGGGUCUCUGCUGCAGCAGCUGCUGUCACGGCUGGCAGACUCGGGUCUCACGGAUGUGAGGGUCAGCUGGCGGUGAACUCGUCUUCCUGCAGUGAUGUCAUGAGCGGGACGGUUUUCUCUGCAAAAUAAUGAGAGGAGCGAGGAGUUCUCUGAAGCUGCAAUGUGUUUUUUCAUGUUUCAUGUAGGUCGUUGGGAGGAGUCACACUGAGACAGAUAUCUGCUUUUUUCAUGAAACAGUCAAUAAAAUAUAUCUGUGUGAAGCAU